CAUCUACAAUGGUUACUGCUGUCAUUUCACGGGGGGGUGAAGCUGAGGGCAAUUCGCUCUAACCUCCAAGUUCAGUCUAUAGAAUUCCACGUUUAGGGUGCACCUCUUGGGACCAACCUUAGUCCAGAGCAACAAUAUUGAAUUGCCUGUGUUAGGUUUUGAGGCCACGAAUCCGCUUUGGAAAGAAAGGAAACAAAGAUGAUAAAUCAGCAACAAAAUUCGGCAAAUCCUAACCGAACCCUAAAUUUCUAGUUUGGACGAAGUAUGGAUCCGGAUUUUCUGCUGGAUUCCAGGUUAUUGACGAUCCUCGCUGGUUUAAAACUCCGGAUUCGGCAGUAAUUCCUGGCUCAAUGAAGCUUCAGUGGAAGCUUCAUUAAAAUUCGGUUCAGGAUGCAACCAGGUGGCGCGUCCUUCCUAGCUAAGUAAAAUAGAAUUUCCAAAUGGCCCACUAUUUACAUUUAUCUUGACCAGUCUUUCCCAUACAGUAUCACACCUCCGUCCAAAGCAGAGAGCGAUCGGAAUCCCGCAUAUCAAUAUUCAGCUGAUUGAUCAAUCUUACAAUAUCGACCUUUAACACCCAUUAGAACUUGUUUUAUGACCUCAUUUUAGCUGUAUCGGUGCAGUGUCGGUUUGGAGUUCAUGAGCGUCUUGCUGUUUGUUUCCGAGCACGAUCUCAUUUCUUGAGGAGUCUACGGAGUGCUUAUUCGUUUAAAUUGUGAGCUUCUCUAAAGUAUUCGUGAAUCCUUCGCGGGAAGGCAGAAGAAGCGACAGAGAGGAGGAGCAUCAUGGGCAAAGACUUGGAUGCCAUCGAAGUGCACGGCUAUGCCGCCAAGGACACCACAGGCCAGCUCGUCCCCUUCAAAUUCACAUGCAAGCAACCCAGUCCAGAGGAUGUAGCGUUUAAGGUCCUAUACUGCGGUAUUUGCCAUUCUGACUUGCACCAAAUUCGAAACGAAUGGCAGAAUGCCAAAUACCCUAUGGUACCUGGACACGAAGUCAUUGGCACAGUGACGGAUGUCGGGUCGGAGGUGACGAAAUUCAAACCCGGCGAUACAGUUGGAGUAGGAUGCAUGGUAAUGUCGUGCCGUAACUGCGACUCCUGCGAGAAAGGGUUGGAGCAGUUCUGUGACAAGGUAGUGUGGACUUACAACUCCGAACUUCCUGACGGCACCACCACCCAAGGAGGAUACUCUUCUCACAUCGUCGCAAACGAGAAUUAUGUGCUGCGGAUUCCAGACAACCUUCCAAAAGAUGCAGCAGCGCCUCUGCUAUGCGCCGGAAUUACAGUUUGGAGUCCAAUGCAGUACUUUGGUUUGAACGUGAAGGAUGCCAAAUUCGGUGUCGUAGGCUUGGGCGGACUGGGUCACAUGGCUGUGAAGUUUGCCAAAGCGUUCGGCAUGCACGUUACCGUCUUCAGCACCUCCCCGAACAAGGAGAAGGAGGCGCGCAAUAUUUUGGGUGCGGAUGACUUCGUAGUGAGCAAAAACGAGGAUGCCAUGAAUGCCAAGGCAAAGUCCAUCGAUUUCAUCAUCGACACGAUUGCGGCGAAACAUGAGCUUGGCCCGUAUCUCACAACACUGAAAACCAACGGAAAGUUGUGUCUCGUUGGCAUGCCUGAGCACGCACUGGAGGUUAGCCCCGUACAGCUCGUAACAGGGCGUAAAUUGGUGGCCGGCAGUUUGAUCGGUGGCAUUCAGGAGACUGCAGAGAUGUUGGAGUUUUGCGGCAAGAACAACAUCUCUUGCAUGGUGGAGACGGUUCCGGUGUCAGAGUGCAACACAGCUAUGGAACGUCUAGCAAAGAAUGACGUGAAGUACCGGUUUGUGUUGGACAUGAAGAACAUUGCAUAAAGUCGCAUCUCCUGAGUAGAAGUUCCAGUAUGUGAGAAUACCAUGCCAAUUUAAACUGUGAUUGAAACUAUUAUGAAAGUGAGCCGGUUCACGAAGAGACACAAUCUUCUGGAGCGUGACACCCUCAGUUCAUGUGCACGAUUCACAACCAUUAUCAAGGAAAGUUGGAGUGGUUAACGGAUAGAGAGUUUAGAAAUAUUUCGUACUGAAAUCCUAGUGCAGGGAAGCUGAAGUAUGUGAAUAAUGAUAGGAUAAUAUAAACUGAGGCUGCAAUGUUGGUCAUCAAAUCGGAUUUCUUGGUAUAUAGUGAAGUGCUUCCAUAUUUGUGCUGCAA